CAUGAUGGUUAUACAAACUUUCAACAUCAUGCAGCAGCGAGCUCGAGUCAACUGCCUGCAGCAGAUAAGACGAUCACUCAACACAAAAUCUGAAACCAAGAAUGGCAGAGAUGGCCCGACUGCUGUUGUGUUUAUGAACAUGGGCGGCCCUGGCAAUCAAGGAGAAGUUCGAGAUUUCCUGCAUAGACUCUUUUCAGAUGGAGACAUCAUCCCGUUCGGAAGGUUCCAAAGAAUUUUUGCAAACAUAAUCACUAGGCUACGCACAUCCAAAAUUCAGAAACAGUAUGCUGCAAUUGGUGGUGGCUCUCCGAUUCGUAAUUGGUCCGAAUUGCAGGCACAGGAGACGUGCCGUAUCUUGGACGAGACUUCGCCUUCAUCAGCGCCACAUUUACCAUACAUUGCGUUUCGAUAUGCUCACCCAUUAAAUGAGGACGUGUACUCCAAGCUUCUGGCAGAUGGUUUUGGCAAACGGGGCAGAGCAAUUGCUUUUUCACAAUAUCCUCAAUACUCUUGUGGAACAACUGGAAGCUCCAUCAACGAACUUUUCAGAUGUAAAGAGAAGUUAGAGAGUUGUGAUUUGCAUAUUGACUGGAGCAUUAUCGAUCGUUGGCCUGCACACCCGAAGUUCGUGGAAGCCGUUGCACGGAAUAUCGAGGCUACGCUUGCGACAUAUUCAGUUGAGAAGCGAAAAGAUGUCACGAUCAUCUUCUCGGCGCACAGCCAACCUAUGCGUGCAGUGAAUCAGGUUUAUGCAGUGAUGAAGCAACUAGGCUUCUCUCAUGCAUAUCGUCUCUGCUGGCAGUCCAAAGUCGGGCCUCAGCCAUGGCUAGGACCACAAACCAGUGAAGUGGUUGAGAAGUUCAUCCACAAAGGAGAUACACACCUGCUGUUGGUGCCUAUCGCUUUUACAUCCGAUCAUAUCGAGACGCUGUACGAGCUUGAUGAGGAACUGAUUGGUGAGUCAGGACAUGCGGAUACCAUCAAGCGAGCUGAAAGCUUGAAUGGAAGUCCGUUGUUUAUCGAAGCACUUGCGGACAUGGUCAAAGAACAUAUAGAUAGUGGAGAGAAGUCUUCGCGGCAGUUCGGUAAUAGGUGUGUUGACUGUCAAAAGGAUAUCUGCCAAGAUGCGCGUAGGAUGUUCGCGAGUGGGGAUCAAUCA